GUUGUCCCUGUCGAAUAUUACUAUAAAAUUGUUGUUGCCGGAGGGAGAUAGAAAAAUUUAUUGAGAAUUCUUACGAAGGAAAAGCAUUUGAUAAAGUGGAAGCAUAUCGGUUUUGUAUUUCUCGCUGUUCGAAGUAAUCUAUCUUCAUCACAAGAAUUGGUGAAUUUUUAAAGGCGAAAAGGCCAGAUGUUUUGAACGAAUAUUGUACUCAUAUAUUCUACGUAUUCAAUGCUUCAUCUUUCUUAUUGUAUUACGGGAUUGCGUGACAUUUUCCAUAAGGUUCAUUGAGGUCUAGCUUUGGGUGUUAAUGAAAUAUCAAUUCCAAUUUACGCGAAGUUUGUUCGUAAUAAAAUUAGAAGUGCUACCAUGUGCUGACAACAGAAACAGUUUUAUUCAGAAUUAUCGGAAGUCGAUACAGAAUUAAGUUCAGAGCACAGUUUACUCUGAACAACUUAAAAAGAUGGCCUUUCAUCUUUAUCCUUCAUAUUAUGGAUGUUUUUUUAUGUCAUGUGUUUUUGUUGCCUUGUUCUGUCAAUAUAUGGAUGCUAGAUCAACAUACAAGAUAGGCGUUCUUAUUCCAUUUCAUAAUGGGGAAUAUUGUGAAAGUCAUGCUGUAGAUCGUCCCCAAGCGCUGUUAUACGCUCCUGCUAUACAAAUAGCAAUGGACGACAUUAAAAAGGACAAGACAUUAAACUUCAGUAUAGAUUUGGUGUGGAAUGACACGGAUUGUGAUGAAUAUCUCGGUAUAAGACAGCAAAUUUGGCAACUUAAUAAUGGUGUUGAUGUGUUUGUGGGACCAGUUCAUAGCUGCGAGACAGCAGUGAAAAAUUCCGCUGCAUUUAAUAAACCAUUGAUGUCUUUUAAUUGUCACGAACUUGAAGACAGCAUCUCUAAAACUGUCUCAAAAACAUCACUUUCAAUCAUGCAUAUCUAUCCUCCAUUGAUGGCUGUUUUAAACAAGUUUAAGUGGAAGAAAGUUGCAAUAGUUUAUCAGAAAGAUGGCUCUAAUUGGGAACGUAUUUAUGAUUAUGUUCAUAAGAAAAUGAAGAACGAUGAAAAUGUCACAAUUACAUUGGUUGAAGAUCAUGAGGUUGAUUAUCGAAAAUUUCAUAAUAACGAGUAUGGCCAUGUUCAAGAAUCUGUCAAAAAGAUUAGUCAAAAAGCUCGAAUUGUGAUUUUGUUAACUGAGCAUCAUUUAACUGUUGAGUAUGUCUUGGCUGCGUAUGAAGAGAAGCUAAUUCAAACUGGGGAAUAUGUUUUCAUUUGCUUUCAACUAAAUCCACAUGGAACUUAUGAAAGGAGCCAGAUGAAAUGGUAUUUCAGGGGCUUCUCCAGUAUCAGUAAAUUAGAAGAAAUUAUGGAUGCUUUUGGAUCUGUGUUGAUAAUUCAACCGCGUGUUGGUUCUUAUGGGUUUCAAACCACUGAUCGUUAUGGAAAAUUUUCAAAUAAAGUGAAAAAACUCAGUUUAUAUCCUCCAUUUAAGGGCAAAGGGUAUAUAGGAUGCAUGGUGUGCAAGAAUUCAUCCCAAAGUAAUUGCUCUAUGCAAGACUGUAAAACACCAUUGAACGAAAGUGACGUACCAGUAGAAGCUGGUAAUUUAUAUAAUGCCAUUCGAGAGUAUGUGUAUGCAUUAAAGAAGACGUUAACCAAAGGUGAAGAACCAAAUGGAAAGAAUAUUAUCGCUAACUUGAAAGGACAUACAUUUGACAGUGUUUUUGGUUUUAAAAUGACAUUUGAUAACUCUUCCAACGUCAUAUUUAACAUGACGUUGUUACAUCAAGAAUAUGUAAAUGGAACGAAAGAGAAGAGCAAAUGUGAACCAUUUGAUGCAAUGAAUCCUUGUAAAGUUAUGAAAGAAUUGGCGAGUUUUUGGUUGAAUGAGAAAAAUCUUGAUGAACAAAGUUAUCAUGGUCUCAAAGAGAAGAUCGCGUGGUAUGGAGGCUUAGGCAUUCCGAAGGAUACACCAGAUUGUGGAUUUAACAACGAGUUAUGUAGAAACAAAAAAAAAUCCAACAAAAUGACGAAAAUAAUUGGAAGUGUUUCUGGCGUAUUGGCCCUUUUACUUCUUCUUCUUCUCUUCAAUAUAUUCAGACAAUAUUCAAUGGAAAAACAACUUCAUAGUUUGCUGUGGAAAGUUGAUCCUUCAGAUAUUUCUUUUCCUGCAAGGCGAAAUUCUGUAAUUUCAAUUGAAAGUGGAGUAAUUGGUUCCUUUAUUCACGAUAGUCAGUCUAGUUCUAGUGAAGGAAAGCAAUAUGAAGCAACGGACAACUUAUUGGAUAAUGUUAUAAUUGAUGAAGAUCCAUUAACUAUAAAGUACACUACAGUUGGACAAUUUAAGGGUAAUUAUGUUGCCAUAAAGAAAUUAUCAAAGAAAUCCGUGGAUUUGAGCAGAAUUGUCCUGAAAGAGUUGAACUUGAUGCGUGAGGUUCGUCACGAUAAUCUUAAUCCGUUUAUUGGUGCGUGUAUUGAACCUGGAAAUAUCUGUAUUGUUACAAGUUAUUGUCACAAAGGAAGUUUACAGGAUAUUUUGUUAAACGAAGAUGUUAACUUGGAUCAUAUGUUUAUUUUAUCUUUGAUCUACGACAUAACCAUGGGUAUGACAUUUCUACAUAGUUCUGACAUUAAAGUUCAUGGUAACUUAAAGUCUAGCAACUGUCUGGUAGACAGCCGCUGGCAACUAAAGAUUGCAGACUACGGUCUACCUGUGUUCAAAUCGAAACAAAUUAAGCCAUACAGCUGCGAGCAUGCAAAAUAUCGAGAUAUGUUAUGGAAAGCACCAGAACUUCUACGUUCUUCAGUAUCUUCCUAUUGUAAAGGAACACAACACGGCGACGUCUACAGUUUUGCAAUUAUUCUUCAAGAAUUUCACACAAGGAAAGGACCGUAUAGUCACAACUAUGAUGAUAUCAGAGACAUUAUCGAGCAUGUUAAAGCUACAGAGUUCCCGCCGUACAGACCUGUUAUUCCUGAACUCAUUGAGAAAGUAGAGGAACUUCGUGAGAUGGCUAAAGAAUGUUGGAACGAUAUCCCACAUGAGAGACCUACGUUCAGUGAACUCAAGAAACGAGUUCAUCGCCUUUUGGUGAAUCUAAAAAUGAAAACAAACAUUCUUGAUAAUAUGAUCUACAUGAUGGAAAAGUAUGCUGACAAUCUUGAAGACUUAGUUGUAGAAAGAACGGGUCUCUUAAGUGAAGAGAAAAGAAAAACUGAUGCAUUAUUGGCGCGAAUGUUGCCAUCGUCUGUAGCAGAGCAGCUCAAGAGAGGAAGAUCUGUGGAAGCUGAAUCAUUUCAGUGUGUUACUAUAUAUUUUAGUGAUAUUGUAUCGUUCACAGAGCUCUGUGCAGAAAGUACUCCACUUCAGGUUGUGACAUUACUUAACGAUCUUUAUACGUUGUUUGACGAAAUCAUUAGAGAGUUUGAUGUUUAUAAGGUUGAAACCAUUGGCGAUGCAUAUAUGGUUGUAUCUGGGUUACCGCAACGUAAUGAAAACCUUCAUGCUUCUGAAAUUUCCUGUAUGGCUUUACGUAUACGCGAUUCUGUUCUCGACUUUAAAAUACGACAUAAACCACAUCAUAAGUUAAAGUUACGUAUUGGUAUCCAUUCUGGUCCCGUUGUUGCGGGUGUUGUAGGUCGUACAAUGCCACGAUAUUGCUUGUUUGGUGAUACUGUAAAUACAGCUUCAAGAUUGGAGUCUAGUGGUGAAGCAUUGUCUAUACACAUCAGUAGUAAUACUAACGGUAUCUUGGAAAAGCUUGGUGGCUUUAAAACUGAAAGACGUGGGGAAAUACCAAUCAAGGGAAAAGGUUCACUUAUUACGUACUGGCUUUUGGAGGCUAACAAUGAUGUUCCCCGUUCACCGCACAGGCAGGCAAUCCCCCCUGAACCUCCACUUCCAAUUGGUCCUAUUCUUAUGCGAGAAUUGCAAAACUCAAAUAUUUCACUACGAGGUUCAAUGCGAGGGUCAUUUCGAAAUUCGCCCGCGAUCCUUCGGAAUGGAUUAACUCAUGCGGCAACGCACGAUUCGCCUGUCAUCGUUCGCUUAAAGAAAGUUGACGAUGAGCUUUUAGCUAAUGGGACACACACUUGAUUCCUUACAGGAAUUCACCGAAGUACAUUAGAAUGGCUUCUUUUCCUGUGGGGUUCCCAUAUAUCCCUAUACUGAGGUAUGACGUGAUCUAUCAUUUUAUCCUUCGUCAUCCUUAUUUGUCCAUGAAUACUGCAAGUAUGUCGUGGAAUAUUUGACUACAACCUUGUGAUUCUGGUUGAUAAAAUCCAUUGGUGAUUGUAUUUUACUUGUAAUAUAUGCAUAUGUAUGAUAAGCGAACCCUAUGAUUAUGUAGUUUUUGUAUAAAAAUUCGCUAGUCCAGUUAUGUAAUGAAUUUUCUUUGCAGUUGAUGAAAAAAUCAAAUGCAUUGUGAUUUCAUCAAGUACAAAAUAGUUUAAAUGAGUAUUACGGUUUUUUAUAAAGAUUUUUGGUGUAUUAAAGUAAAUGGUUUGAA